AUGCCUCUCCCAUCCGAUGAAAAUGUUGUCCAAACCAGCAGUGCCAUAGUUAGCACGCUACAUAGCAUCUUUGGACCUCAUGCCGGAUUUCGACCCGCCCAUGCAAAAGGCGUCCUACUAAAAGGCACCUUUACUCCCACCGCAGAAGCAAAAACACUUUCAAAAGCACCUCAUUUCAACAACCCCUCAACUCCAAUCAUAGCACGCUUCUCCAGCUCGACCGGAAUCCCAGAACUCCCAGACACCGAUCCCAACGGCAACCCCCGCGGCUUCGCCAUCCGCUUCUUACUAGCUGAAACUCCUCGCCGUGUGCACACGGACAUCAUCACCCACUCCGUAGACGGCUUCCCAGGCUCGAACGGCCAAGACGCCCUGGAGUUCUUCACGGCAGUUAAAGACGGCUCGAUCGGCGAAUACCUAGCCUCGCACCCAAAAGCACUAGCCUUCAUCCAAGCCCCGAAGCCAACACCAGCCAGCUUCGGCAAAGAAAAGUACUUCGGCGUAAACGCGUUCAAGUUCGUCGCGGCCGACGGCACGGAGACAUUCAUCCGGUACCGCAUCGUGCCCUCAGCCGGGGAAGCGUAUCUCGACGAAGCCGCGCUCAAAGACAAAACUCCAUCUUUCCUCUACGACGGCGUGCCAGAGCUCCUUAAGUCCGGGCCGAUUGUGUUCAAGCUCACGGCACAGGUCGCGGAAAGUGGAGACAUAACCGAUGAUAACACGGCAAAGUGGCCGGAAGAACGACGGGUCGUCGAGCUCGGCACGAUCGAACUGCAGUCUGUGGUAGACGACCAGGCCGCGCAGCAGAAGAGGAUAAUUUUCGACCCGAUCCCCAGGGUUGAAGGCGUCGAGGCCUCGGCCGAUCCGCUGCUGGAGGUACGCGCGGGGAUUUAUCUUAUAAGUGGUCGUGAGAGGCGUGAGGCUUAA